AUGCGGCGGUCGCCGCCGCCACUGCUGCCGCCGCUGCUCGUGCUGCUCAGCGGCUUCGGCGCUGCGGCGCCGCCCGCAGACUCCCUGGCCCCGCUGCCUGCUCCUCGAAACCUGAAGGUUCACCUGUACAAUGCCCAGCAGGCGCUGAGCUGGGAGCCGGUGUCCCUGGACAGCGACCCGAGGCCCGUGGUCUACCAGGUGCAGUAUAAAUACAGCACCAGUAGUAACUGGUAUGACGUCAACAAAGAGGAUAGCAAGGUGGAUUGUACGAACCUCACCAGGACAGAGUGUGACUUCACCGCAAACAGCCUCUCGGAGGGAUUCCCAUGGCGCUUCAACAUCUCUUUACGUGUUCGAGCUAAGCUGGGGGGCCUCGUUUCUGCCUGGGCAACAGCACCUUGGUUUGAACACUAUCGGAAUGCUACCAUCGGGCCUCCAGAAAACAUCCGGGUGACCCCAAAAGAAGGUUCCCUUAUCAUCAAGCUUUCUGCUCCCUUCGAUGUCCCUGCCUCCGAGGCCUCUUUUGUGUAUCAUGUCUACUACUGGGAGAAGGCAGGAGGCAAACAGGUGACAUGCUGUUUCAGGAGCAACUUCAUCACACUGAAUGAUUUAAAACCCUUAAGAGUAUACUGUUUUCAAGUCAAGGCAGAACUGUGUUUGACCAAAGAAAACAUCUCUCGACCUGGACUGUUAAGCAACAUAUCUUGCUCUGAAACAGCAGCAGAUGCCUCUGUCAAGCUUCAACAAGACAUCCUGGCCGUCGUGACAACCUUUUCGGUGUUGUUGGUGGUGGUAGGGUCCUGUCUCUUCCUGGUUCUGAAAUACAGAGGCCUGGUUAAACACUGGUUUCACUCCCCGCCAAGCAUUCCAUCACAGAUAGAAGAGUAUUUAAAGGAUCCAGAUCAGCCCAUCUUAGACGCUUUGGACAAGGACAGCUCGCCAAAGGAUGACGCCUGGGACUCCGUGUCCAUCGUGACGUUUCCAGAGAAUGAACAAGAAGGUUGUCCCCAAAGUGCUGAUCCGAGCCACCAGCCCACAGAAGGCAUUCUCUGA